CUGAAUGAUUAAGCCAAGCUUCUCAUAACAUUUCACUAGCGGGUAGGGCCAUGACAGACUGCUAACAACAAAGUGAAUUCUGCUUUGAAAAAACAGAAAAAAAAUGGGAAAAGGAGAAAGCGAUGAUUCCGAAGAUAUGCAAAGAAAAGAAAAAGCGAAGAUUCAACUCAAAAGAAAUAUAGGUUAUUUUGAUGGGGUAAGUUUUAUUAUAGGAACAAUUGUUGGGGCAGGUAUCUUUGUGUCUCCCACAGGGGUGUUAAAGCAUUCCUUACUCAAUGUUGGCAUCGCACUAAUAAUCUGGACUGCAUCUGGGCUGGUUUCUCUGAUGGGUUCCCUCUGCUAUGCAGAACUUGGAACCUCUCUGCCCUUCUCUGGAGGAGAAUAUAGCCAUAUUAAAAGAGGCCUUGGAUCCCUCCCUGCCUUUGUGUUUAUCUGGACGUCAACAUUUACCAAACCAGCAUCAAAUGCUGCUCGAGCCUUGCUGUUUGCUGAAUACGCCACCCAGCCCUUCUAUGGCAUUUGCCCUCCACCAGAAGUGCUGAAAAAAUGCUUGGCCUUGGCUGUUCUCUGGUCCCUGGGGAUUUUGAAUGGCUGCAGUGUCAAAAUGGCUGCAUGGGUGCAGACAGUUUUCACUCUGCUGAAGAUGAUGGCCUUGUCUGUAAUUGCUGUCGGCGGCAUUGUUCUCCUCAUUACAAGGCAAAAGGAGAGUCUGGCCAGAUUUGAGGACUUGUUCAGCUCAGAGAUCCCCAACGCUUCACAGGUUGCUGAAGCCUUCUUCCAAGGACUGUACGCAUAUGGAGGCUGGUGGUCCCUCAAUUAUAUGGCAGAAGAGAUGAAAAACCCCAGCAGAAAUAUCCCAUUAACUGUGAUGACUGCGGUUCCUGCAGUAAUUGUUUUUUAUUUACUGGUGAACAUCUCAUAUCUGACUGUCCUCACACCUAAGGAAAUUGUUUCCUCAGUUGCUGUGGCAGUCACUUGGGCUGAUCGAGUUAUCCCCUCUGUGGCCUGGAUCAUUCCUCUCUGUGUUGCUGUCUCAAUAUUUGGUGCCCUCAACAGCAGCAUGUUCACACUAGGUCGAUUAAGCUAUGCUGGAAGUCAGUCAGGACAUUUACCUGUUUUAAUAUCCAUGCUUAAUGUCCACUCCUGUACUCCAGCACCAGCCAUGAUUUUUUCAACCACCAUUGCAUCCAUUUUUAUCAUCCCCUCUGACCUUAUUAUGUUAACAAAUUACUUUGGAUUUUCUGCCUGGCUUAUGAUUGGACUGACUUGUGCAAGCCUGAUUGUACUUCGAUACCGGGAACCUCAUCUACAUCGACCAUACAAAGUGUUUCUGCCAGUUCCAUUUGUGAUGGUGGCAGUGUCUUUCUUCCUAGUUUCAGCUCCCAUAGUCUGGUCUCCCAAUCUGCAAUAUAUUUACGCUUUCUUGUUUAUGCUGGGAAGUCUUAUUGUUUAUCUGCCUUUUAUACAUUUUAAAUUGCAUUUUGCAUUUCUUGAUAAAAUUACUUGUCACUUACAGCUGCUGUUAGAAGUCUCUCCUGCUGAUGGAUCUGCUGAGGGCAAAUGUGAAUAAUGGCAGAUGUUGAAUCCUGGCACAACUAAGAGCCAACACAGGAUUUUGUUUAACUGAGAGUGUAAACAGUACAAGUUAGAUGUUAGGUGUGAAAAACAGGUGUUCAUGCAUGUAUAGAUAUAUACAUACAUAGAUGAAUAUACAUA